AUGGUUUCUUUGAAAAUUCUCUCCGCACUUUUGAUAAUUGUUGUUCAAGCCAGAGCUGAAGGAAGUUUUUUAGCUCGAAGGGCAUGGGCUGGAUUCCACGCAGCUAUUGUAAAAGCUAGCAAUUAUAACAAUGCAAAGAUGUACUCGUGUAGUGGAGCACUUAUUAAAAAUAACUACGUUGUUACAACUGCCAGUUGUGUGUUAAAUAAUUCGACAACUUACUAUGCUGGUUUUAAUCUUCCAAACUUAUGUCCUCAAAAACAUUUCGAAUUCAUCGCCAUCGCUAAAAUCAUCAUUCACGAAAAAUUUCAAUCAGACGAUACAUCUAGUAACUCGUUUAACAUUGCCGUGGGACAACUGGAGCGAGAUGUACAAUUUAACGAAUACAUUAACGCUGUUGAUCUGCCUCGUGAAAGCACGUUACUUUUGUACGAGAGUAUGAUGACAUUUUAUCAUAAAAAUGGACGAAAUUCAAUUGAACCGUGCUAUCAGUUGCACUUUUUACAGGGUUUAAUUUCAUACGACGAUUCUUGUCGGAAAACAUUGAAUUAUAAAGAUAAACUGCAUGAAUCAAAAUUAUGCAACAAAAGCGUCGAAUACAAAAUGAAAUUGUCUUCUUCUGAUAGUAUUGUCGUGCGAAAUAACAACAAUAAGGUUGAGCUGGUUGGACUUUACACUUUGCACCAUAAUCAUUUCGUCCAGAUUGAAUUUCAUAUUGAUUGGAUCAACCUUAAAACUGAUUCCAAUCUUGGAAGAAACUUAAGAGAAUUUGCUUUUGAGGGAUCUAGAUCUCAUACGAAUUGUCAGUACAAGUGA